UUGCACUGGACUAUCACGCGCUUAUCACGAUAAAAUCAUCGUAAUCACUAAUCGCGCAGUCGUCCUCUGUUUUCGUGUCGGUUUUGGCGAAUACUGUGAUUCCGCGUAAUAUACAAGACCGUCAAUCGUUUCCUCGGUGCGUACAGAAUACGUACGAUCGACCCGAACAUUGCAUUGCCAUGUUGUAAGCAAAUUUUAGUUUUUCCGUUAACAAUACGUUCGUCAAUCGCAAUAUUUGACCAUGUUCUCCGACCGCCGCCGCACUGCCUUGUACUUUUUGUUGAUGACGACGCUGAUUGUUCAAGUAACGGCAAAGAUCCAUACGCUGAAGAUUGAAGACGAUGAUCGACGUUAUAUAGCGUUGACCACAUUUGGAUUUUAUAAUGGUGGCAUUUUGGAAGUUGAAAUCAAAAAUUUUCACUUGCCUCUCAAUAAAUUAAACGAAACUCACGGAUUAUUGUUGGAAAAAUCAAUUUUUGACGAAGGAAAUCCUUAUGUCGAUUUCCAACAAGAAAUAUGUCCUAUAGAAUCGCCGAGUAAUGUAUACGAAACACGUAAAAAUUCUAACCUUGCCAUUUUCAAGUUUAAUUUCAUUAGUAAUAAAGUUAUAGUUAGCUGUUCAUCUUCUAUGGAACCAUUUUAUUUAUUCAAAGAUAUGAAUGAUUUAAAAAAACAUCAGGAGAUUGGUUUUGAUGAUACUGAAACAACCUGUAGUGACAUGACUUUACCAAUAUUCAACAGUGAGGAUCCAUACUAUUUCAAUUUAAGUUUUGUUGUAUAUGUGAAAGAAAAGUCAAAUCAAGGAUUGUAUAAUUUAUACUAUCAUAACUGUCCAAAUUAUGCUAUUUUUCCAAAGUCUAGACAAAGUUUUAUGGUAACUAUUACUGAAAGCAAUGCCAAAGGAAAUUAUUUAUCUGCAGGGGACAUACCAUUGCCAUCAUUUUAUUUUUCUAUGUCGAUUAUAUACUUUAUGGCUGGUGUUUUAUGGGUUUAUUUUUUGUAUAGAACCACUUACCCUGUAUAUAAAAUACACUACAUGAUGGCUUUAUUAGUGUUCCUAAAAUCAGCUACUCUGUUUUUUCAUGGUUUGGAUUUCCAUUUUAUUCAAAUCAAAGGACAGCACAUUGCUCCGUGGGCCUUUAUCUUCUAUACAAUUCGUUUGCUUAAGGGAUCAGUUUUGUUCAUAACAAUUGUUCUUAUUGGUACUGGUAUGACAUUUGUCAAACAUGUAUUGUCUGAUAAAGACAAAAAUAUAUUCAUGAUUGUUAUACCUUUGCAAGUAUUAGCUAAUGUAGCAUAUGCUAUUAUUCAAGAAUCAGAAGAAGGAGAUGUACAGCACAAUGCUUGGUUGGAUUUGUUUUUACUUGUUGAUUUCAUGUGCUGUGCUGCGAUAUUAUUUCCUAUCCUUUGGUCUAUUCGUCAUUUACAAGAAGCAUCACAAACAGAUGGUAAAGCUGCAAUUAAUUUACGGAAACUCAAAUUAUUUCAACAGUUUUAUGUUAUGCUUGUUUCUUAUAUCUAUUUCACACGCAUAUUAAUCUACAUGCUUAGAAUGACUGUUCCAUUUCAUUUGCAAUGGCUUAAUGAAUUCUCCAAAGAAACUGCAACAUUUGUAUUCUUUGUGAUGACGGGUUAUAAAUUCCGCCCGACAAAUGCAAAUCCUUACUUUCAAGUAGCAUCUGAUGUUGAUGAUGAUGAUACAGAUAUUGUAAUUAGUCACUUUGGCUCUGGUGUAAACAACCGAUCUAGAAAGAAAGCAAGUACUGGUGGGGAAACUGCCGAAGAUGAAAUCAUGCUUAUGGAAUCAUCAUCGUGAUAUAUUAGUUAUAUUUCUGUGAUACCAAGACUGAUCCAAUCGAUCCAUGAACCUUUUCCAUAUGCUCUAGUCUUUCUUUUAAGAUAAGACAAAACUUUUCCGUCUGUACAAAUUUUUUCUCAAUUGUCGCACAAAGUUGUAUUUGUAUAUUUAUACAUGUACUCAAUAAAUGUAAUUUGAUCACUUUGUUACAUAAUUAUCUCAUGUAAAGUAUGAUGUUUAUUGGAUUUUGUUUUAUUUAUUUAUUUUUUCUAAUGUAAUUUAUUUUAGCUUAAGUCUAAAAAAUUUGUUCCUUAGGCGUUGUUACUGUGUAUUAUAUUUUUAUUAUGAAUUAAUAAUUAUCAUUGUUAAAACGUCAAUGAUUAAUGCAAUAAAGAUACAGGAACGUUAUUUUAUUGUAUGAAAUAGAACUUAUUGUUAUAAUAUUACUUUUAAUGGUGUAUGAUCGAAUUUAACUAUAAUGACUAUAAUGAAUACACAAAUAAUUUAUUUUAUGUCUACCAUUUACUAUGUUUAAUAUUUUAGAUUCCUUGGCCAACUGUCGACUUGGGGAGCUUUUUCCAUAAAUUUAAAUUUUAAAAUUUUGACAUUAAGGUAAAAACUUUAAUUGUAUUCA